AGUGUGUACAUUUUUUAGAGUAGUAGAGAGAUCAGGGGUCAAAGCAAAGGAAUUUACCAAAGCCUUGUUUGCUGCCAACUGGACCGCCACAGGCUAGUAUUUAAAGAACACCAAAGGAACCGUUAAUGUUGGAUUGGACUCCAAGAUGCAGUUCCCUGCUGUAGUGUUCCUGCUCACUUUAGCUCUGAGCUCAACCAUCAAAGCCAGAAAAUGUCCCAAAGAGUGCAGCUGUGAUGACGCCAAGCUGACGGUGGCCUGCAUUGGUAAAAACCUGACGGAGAUUCCCCUGGGUGUGCAGGAGAUAACCGUUAAAUUGGAUCUAAAGAACAACAACUUCCGUAUUUUACCCAGAGGUGGAUUCCUCCACACUCCGCAUCUGACCCACCUUAGUCUGCAGAGGUGCAACAUCUUAACAGUAAAGGAGGGUGCGUUUCGUGGUCUCGGUCAAGUGGUCUCCCUUAACCUGGCUUACAACAAAAUCGACAUCCUUUACCAGGAAUCUUUUGAUGGCCUCUCAUCUUUGAAGGAGCUUUACUUGGAUCAUAAUCACAUCGAGGAGAUCCAGCCUGGAGCCUUUAUGCAGCUCGGCUUUCUCAACAUGCUGACCCUCGCCCACAACCGUCUGGUUUACAUCCCCACUAUGGCAUUUCAGGGCUUACAGAACAUUAAGUGGCUUCGUCUCAGCUACAACUCCCUGAGUAACCUGGCACCUGAAGCCUUUGCUGGGCUGUUCAGUCUCAGCCGCCUCAGCCUGGAUCACAACGAGCUGCAGUUCUUCCCCACCCAGACAAUGACAAGGCUCCGUGAGGUGAAACGGCUGGAGCUGAGCUACAACCCCAUGACAUACCUGGGAGAAGAAUCAGUGUCGAUGGGGAAGCUGACACACCUCUAUCUGGAUCAUAUGUCCCUUCAGGACCUGUCUGACCAGGCAUUUUCCCAGGCCCGGCUCCUCUCCCAUGUUGACCUCUGCCACAAUCAGCUCCGAUAUCUUGAACCCUUCUCAGGCCCAACAAAGCUGCACAUCCUUAACCUCACCGGCAACCCGAUCUACUGUGACUGCUACAUGAGGCCGCUGAAGGAGUGGGCAACGGCUGGAGUAAAACUGCUGGGAGCCUGUGCAGUACCUCCUCACCUCUCCGAUGAGCCGCUACAGGCCGUUUCAUCCUCAGAUCUACGCUGCCGAAGCAGGGCUGAGGCUUUGGAGGAGGAGGAGGAGGAGGAAGAGGAGGAGAGUAAUGGAAACAUCACAGUCACUGCCAAGCCGAAGCAGACAGUCAAGUGUCCACAUAACUGUGAAUGUGAUACUGAAGCCCUUCAUGCCACAUGUGAGAGCCGUGGUUACAGCAAAGUCCCACGGGGCUUCUCUGCCGGGACUCAGCUGCUCAAUCUCCGUGGAAACCACUUCCAUUACAUCCCGUCCAACAGCUUUCCAGGCACCAGCCAAGUUGUGUCUCUCGAUCUAGAGUCCUGCAAAAUUAGCAAAAUCAAAGGCGGGGCCUUCCAGGGAAUGAGAAACCUGCUUUAUUUGUAUCUCUCUCACAAUGACAUCACAUUCUUGAAUCCCAAAGCUUUUGCUGGAGUUCCAAAGCUCACCUAUCUUCACUUGGAUGGUAAUCGACUAACACGAUUCCCUGCAGCAGCUCUGUCACAAUUACCCAAUCUGUUUGUUUUACAUCUGGAGGGAAAUGCCAUCUCAAAGCUGGAACCGCUUUCCUCCUCCGCUCCGACACUGAUGGAACUGUACUUGAGCAACAACAACAUCAGGGUAAUUGAUCGAGGUAUCCUGAGCUCCACUCUCAUUAAAUCGCUUCACCUGGACUCCAACCAACUGAGCCCGGUUCCUACUGAUGCUCUGGCUGAAGCCCUACAUCUGGAGGACCUGAAUUUGUCUCGUAACGUCAUUCGCCAGCUUGGACCCAAGACAUUCCAGAACAUAUCGCAGAAUCUUAAGAGACUUUACACGGACCAGAUGGGGAUUGAAAAGAUAUCAAAGGAGGCCCUGCUGGCACUGGGUCCAGGACUUAAAGUUCUGUCUAUGAGAGGAAAUCAGCUGAAGGAGCUCCCUGACCUGAGCGCGCUCUCUGGCCUCGAGAUGAUCGACCUGUGGGACAACCCUCUCCUGUGUGACUGUUCCUUAUUGGCCCUUUGCAGGUGGAUAGAGAGUGUGAAGUUAGAAGUUUCAGCUACAUGUGCCAACCAUCUUAAGCUUAGAUGUCAGCAGGUGGGGGACACCAGUGCCUUCUCAACCUGUCCAUGA